GUCAGCUGCUUGACUCGUUACUAAACGAUUAUUUGCGUGCGGCAUAUCGACCCAUCGAUAGAAUAUUUACAACCGACUAUCAUCUACGCCGCACCUCCACGUGCAUUUGAUUUUACGUUUUUUGUGUUUUUGUUAAGGAAUUUUAAAAAGUAAUAAUGCCGCCGGUUAGGAAGCCAAAGCCACAAAUGACUACAAAGGCAGCAACGCCCACCAAAGCUGUAGGUCAGAAACCCGCUGUAGUGUCGGGACAGCUCAAGAAAAAGUUGCCAAAUAAGCCCAAGCGCAAACCAGCCAAGGAACGUGGUGUAGUGCUCGUCAGGCACUUGCCACAUGGCUUCUUUGAGCAGCAGCUGAGCCAGUACUUCAAACAAUUUGGACAUGUAACUCGCGUGCGUUUAGCGCGCUCAGAGCGCACCGGCGGCAGCAAAGGAUAUGCUUUCGUUGAGUUUGAAUAUCCGGAGGUGGCGAAGGUGGCAGCUGAAACCAUGGACAACUAUCUCAUGUUUCAAAAGGUGGUUAAGGCCAAGUAUAUUCCGCCAGAGAACCAAAAGUUCAACUACUUCAAGAAUACAGUAAAGAAAGUCACAAAUAAGGCUGGCAAAGAGAUUUAUGUAUCCAAGGUAACGAAGGAUACGCAACGCAGUGUUAAGAAGCAAAACAAUUGGAAUGAAGAGAACUGCCAAAAGCGCACAGUAUCUGGCAUUAGUAAGCUGGGGAAGAUUCAAAAGAAAUAUGAGCACUUAGGCAUUGAUUUCUCGAGCCUCAUGGUACAGCCAGUUAAGAAGUCGGAGGCGGCAGAAUCCACUAAAGCAGUAGCCAAGAAGCCUGCUGCUAAGAAAGCGGCUAAAAAACAGCCAGAGCCUAAGCUUGAGGACCUGCUGGGCAAUACCAUAAACGAGGAUUCUGAUGACGAAGACUUUGAACUCGCAAGUGAUGAUGGCAGUGAGGAAGAGGCUGACAGUGCGAGCGAUCUUGAGGAAAGCGAAGAUGAUGAAGAGGAGGAGGUAUUGCCACCACCCAAGAAAACUAAAAAGCAAAACACUGGCGCUGAGCGUCUAGAAGAUAUUAUUAAACGGAAACCCGGCACAGGUGGCAUACAAAAGAAGAAGCCGGCGGUGGCAGUUAAAAAGAAUAACAAAGCCUCACAACAGCUGCAGCUGGCCGCGGCCAAACAACUAGCCAAGCCGCUUAAUAAAGUUGGCAAGAAGCUGAAGAAGUAGUUUUAAUAUAUUUAGCUUAAGAGUUAUGUAAUUAAAAAGAUUUGUAUAAAUAAUACUUUUG